CCCGUUAAAAACUGAGAUUCACACUUGGGGACCUUCCCUCGUAAGACAAGAAUAGCACGAAAUAUCUUUUUCAAACUGAAAAAUGAGUUAUCGAUGGAACCAAACAUGUUUUUGUAAAGAUUCAUAUAUUCUUUCUCUUUUCCGUCUAAAACACGAAAGAAACAAAUCGAUCUGCAACGGACGAACAAUACCUUUUGUGAAUGAGUAAAUGAUAGAGGACAACAGGUAUCGGCCAACAUCUUUAUCUCUUCGUUAAAAAUAGAAUUUUUCGUUUAUGAUUCGCGAGUGCAGCACACGAUUAAGUGCUGGUAUGUUUUUUGCAGAUACAUGCUCGUGAAAUUACGCAACAAUUUCAGUAUGAAACAUUACCUGAUCAAAAAAGUUCUUUCUUUUUUCAAUCCUAUUAAUUUCAUUUUGUAAUACGUAUAUAUUUCGUGACUAUGUGAUUGGCACAUAAAUCUUUUUCUUUUAUAUAUAUACUAGAUUUAUUAUUACGAAAACAAUAUGGAUACUUUAAAAUAUCUUCCCAGUAUAACUUUUAUGAUUUAUAUUGGAAUAAUGUUAUUUAUAUUUUUUAUAAUUCAACUAAUAUCUCCAACAGCUAUUGAGCUUCCACUAUUCUAUUAUUGGCACUAUGAAGGCAUUUUUAAUGGUUUUUUAAGUUCAUGGCCGAUAUAUCUUUGGAGUUUUAUUACAACUCUACUAAGUUUAAUCUUAGUCAAUCAAAAUACGUUGAAAAAUAAAAAUAUUUUGUAUGCCACAUUUGCCAGCGAUGAAUCAUCGUUAUUUCAAUGUUUUAUUGUUAGUUUAUCAAUUGGAAUAAUAGAAGAAAUAAACUAUCGAUGGCUAUUCUUCUAUUCAAAUAUUGUACUAACUAAGAUAGCAAAUUUCUGUUUAUUCGGAUGGUGUCGAUUCUUUUAUUUAAAUAUAGAAGCACCGUUUAUAAACAUAAUAUUUUUUAAUAAAUUAAAAUGGUUAUUAUACGAUCAAGUUCAUUGGUCAAUUGGAUCAGCUGCAUUAAUUGUAAACGGAAAAUUUCGAGAUGAACAUUUGUAUCUUGGACUUUUCGGGUGGUAUAAUUCAUGGUGUAUUGGAUUCUUUGAAUUUUGGAUUAUGAUGAAUUAUGGAUUGCCUGCCGCUAUUUGUUCGCAUGCUUUCUACGAUUUUAUCAUUUUCUUCAUGUGUUAUAUACAUGGUAUUAUUUGUCGACAACGUAAAUCUCAUUAUAUUACAAAAACAUCAACAUCGUAUCCUAACCUUAAAGAGACCGUCUGA